GUCGAGAUUAAGACAGCCUGACCUGAGUUUCAAUUAAUAAUAUACUCUAUUGCUCACUACCAUCUGCAUCAAAGGUACACAGUAUUUCUAAGAUCUACAUUGCGUAUCACUCAUACUAGAUAGAAUCUGUUGUCAAGCCUCUUUCUCACUGCUCACAAAUUCCCCGCAAGUCCUCAUCUCGCCUUUUGUGCCAUCGAUUUCAAUUUCGAUGCCUCCUAAAUGGACAUCAAACAACGUGAAGUGUAACAUAUGUGGAAUACUAGUACGAGCUCGUGGACUGGUGCCGCAUGCAAAGAAAUGUAGGAAGCUAGCACGGGAGAAAGAAGAAGAUGACGAGGUCAAAGUGAUUAUCAAAGAAGCGACGGCGAAGAAACAAGCUUCAGUACCUUGGAAUCAUGCACCAUGGGAACCAUUCCAAACAUGGCUCAAUUUUGAGGUCGCAGAAAUUGCCCUUGAAGCUGCACUCACCGCAGAGCAAACCAAUCAUCUGCUUAGUCUCAUUCAUCGUUCCGCACGUAGGGAUGAAACCUUUACACUACAAAACCAUGAUGAAGUCCAGGAGUUGUGGUCAACUGCUUCCCAAUGCUUCACACCGUUUCAAGUUGAUGUAGUUUCGGUUCUGUAUCAAAACAAGGUGCACGAGUUUGAUAUGCACUACCAUCCUCUUUGGGAAUGGGCUCUUGAUAUGUUGCGAGAUCGAUGUCUUGUGUCGCACUUCAUAUUUGAUGCACAACGCCUAUACAAAUUCAAUGCCACUGGCUUUUAUCUAAACCUGCCUGUCGAAAUCUGGAAUUGUACUGGUUGGCUGCCUAUUGUGCCAGAGGAUCCAGAGCAUGCAGGAAAAAGCAGCUUUGUGGACUUCAAGAAUGCCGUUUGGCAUGAGUCCUUUUUGAAACUUCUAGAGUCCGUCAUACAGAUCUCAAGGACAGGAUAUUUGUUUGAGUGUGGUGAUGCCAUCCAGCGCCUGCUUUGGCCCUUGAUUUUGAUUCUGAGUGCCGACUAUGAAGAACAAUGUGUAAUGGCAUUGAUUUGUGGACUGAAAAGUAAAUUUCCAUGUCCGAUCUGCUUGGUCCCUCAAGACGAGCAAUCCGUCUUGUCUCAUGAACUUCGAUUACAGACAAGUGCUGAGUCUGAGGAGGCCCUUCAGUUGGCCCGUGCGAAGACAUCCAAGAAGGAGAGGGAAAAAUUACUCAAAACUUACUCGCUGCCACUCUCCUUUGAUCGCAUGCAUGUGUAUCAUGGAGGGCUUUGGAGGCACCAUUUAUGGAGGGAGCUUCAGUUCUGGAUACUUGAAUUAGGGCGAGAAGCUGUUGUGCAGAUGGAUGCGAAUUAUGAUGCUUUUCCACGGUGGUCUAACCUGACGCUCUUUUUGAAGGUAGUUGUGGUCAAUUUCAAUGAUACUUCACAUCACGAGGACAUAUUGAAGAUGGCUAUCUUUGCGGCGCAAAGGAUCCUCCGCCAUUCACAGAGUAAGCUCGGCUAUCUGCUUCUGCGAUGCAUACACCACUAUAUCAAUCCCGACAUUUACACUGGAUUUGAGGUUCACACUGAAGAUACAAUUUCUGCAGGAAGACAAGCUCUGCAGAGAUUUUCAGUGCUGAUGGAGGAGUAUAUUGUCAAAUCACAGCCUGUAACAGGCAAGGACUGGAAUUUCCCCAAGAAACAUGCAAGUUCGCAUCUAUUUGAUGAUAUCUUAGCAAAAGGCACAACACAAAACUACAACACAAAACCAAACGAGAAGAUGCACGGCCCUGUGAGGGACAUCUACCGCAAUCAAACAAAUUUCAAGGACAUUGCUACACAGAUUCUUCGCUAUGAUCAUUGGCUACUAACCUCAACAUCAAUGCGUUCUGAACUCGACGAGUUGGACAAGUACAAUUGGAAAGCCAACCUCCCAACAACAGAAGACGCAGACACAGAAAAUCCUGCAAUUUCUGUGGCUCCAGCUCCCUGCACCCACAUAAAGUUAGGCUUGGCGCAAGGUGACAUCUCAUUUGCAAGUCUCGAGCAGUCGCAUGCAGAUGACAGGGCCUUUGUUGAUGACAAGCGCAUUCAUUUGCAGGCUGACAACAAGAUUACUGGAUACAAAUAUCUGCAAGUCAACUACGAGUCUAUGUUCUUUGGAUCUCCACGAUAUGAUUGUGUUAUGGUUCAAACCAACAAUCAACCAUUUUUUGCUCGCCUUAUCUUCAUGUUCGGUUGCUCAAUUGGUGAAACCAAUCUUUCACUGGCGCUCAUACAUCCAUAUGAUGUUGGAAUUGGUGUCCGUAGAAAACAUGAUACUGACCUGGGACUAUGGCAUGUACGAGCCAAACCUCAGUCAUCUCCCAAAUUCAUCUCUGUAAGGUCAAUUAUCCGAGGGGCUGCGCUUGCCAGCGAUCCUGGGAAACAAGGUGAUUACUUCGUCAUUGACACAGUUGAUGCAGACAUGUUUCUUCGGCUCAAGUCUCUGCAAGCUUAA